AUGUCUUCCAUCCUCAUCCUCGCCGCUCUUGCUACUGGCACUCUGGCUCAAGAGAGUUGCUUCAGCACUACCGUCUAUACAUUCCCAAAGCCUCUGAAAUGGGCUUUCCCCCCCUCCACCUUGACAUGGCCAGUUGAUUGUGAGCCUACUCAAGCCACCAAGGCAUUCAGUGCUCGCUCCAUUGAAGCCACCACCACGGCCUUGACUUCCCUCGCUGCCGAUACUCUGGCUCAAGAGAGUUGCUUCAGCACUACCGUCUAUACAUCGACAGGGUUCUGGCAAAUUUUUCAACCCCCCUCCACCUUGAUAUGGCCAGUUGAUUGUGAGCCUACUCACGCCACCAAGGCAUGCAGUGCUCGCUCCAUUGAGGCUACCACCACGGCCGUGACUUCCCUCGCUGCCGAUACACUGGCUCAGGACAUUGUGACCGCCAAAAGGUCUGCCAAUUCUGAUGACGACGCUUCUCUGACUAUCAAAUGGAGUACCAACGACAACACCACGACUUUCAAGGCUGCUCCCACUCACACUGCUAUGCACCACAAAAUCACUGCUGUCCCCGCCUUCACUGAAAAGCUGGCCAACGCCUCCUCCGAGGGCCUCACGUUGACGAUCGACCCCACCAGCCCGUUUCGACCAGGCAUCAUCGUUCACAAAAUCGAGGACAAUAUUGGCAAGGGCUGGGUUGGCUCAGUCAAGACGGCCGGUCCCUGCACCACGAUCGUGGAGUUGGCUUGCGACCAAAAGCGUGAAAACUACCGCUGCAGAAACAAGACUGAUAACCCCAAGAUGACCUUGACCGUGGCUCCCGACAUGUACAGACUGAAGUAUGACAGACCGGCCGGCUCGGGCCAGAAAAAAGUCAACCUGGUCGCAUCUUGCCACAUCGACGACUCAAACUCAAAGAGGCCAGCUAUGGCAGCUUGCGUGCACGGCAGAGCCGACCUUCCAGCAGACUACAAGAUCGAAACACUCACCGCCCGUGAAUUCAUCCCCAUCACCGCUGGCAUGACCAAGAUCCCAACCAGCCACGCUGCUUGCAACACUUUCGCUGCAGCUUCAACCGCGGCUGCACCCGCCAUGAUCCUGGAGGUCAAGAAGGUGGUCGUACCGCUGGUCAUUGCUGCCGGUGCCCAAGCACUGCUCUGA